AUGGAUUAUACCGUUAAAAUUUGGAAUUUAGAAUCCGGUAAGGAUGAAAUUACAUUACAACACAAAGACUUGGUUACUUCUUUAGCAUUCAACUAUAAUGGUUCUUUAUUGGCUACUACCUCAAGAGAUAAAAAAAUAAGAAUCUGGGAUAUUAGAUCAGGGAAGGUCUUAUCUGAAGGUCCAGGUCACACCGGUGCUAAGCCUUCAAGAGUUGUUUGGUUAGGUAAUACCGAUAGAAUUAUCACUACCGGUUUUUCCAGAUUAUCUGAUCGUCAAGUUGGUAUUUGGGAUGUGAAUAACAUUGAAGGAGGUCCGAUCGACGGGUUUCUUGUUAUUGAUGCAUCUUCGGGAGUAUUAAUCCCAGUUUUCGAUGAAUCAAAUAAUAUUUUAUAUUUAGCGGGUAAGGGUGAUGGUAAUAUUCGUUAUUAUGAAUAUGAAAAUGAUAUUUUACAUGAAUUGUCUCAAUAUUCGUCUACGGACCCUCAAAGGGGGUUUGCCAUUUCACCAAAAUUUUCAGUUAAUGUAAAGGAGAACGAGGUCCUUAAAUCCUUCAAGACUGUCAAUGACAAUUCUAUUGAACCAAUAUCAUUUAUUGUUCCUAGAAGAUCUGAAUUGUUUCAGCUGGAUAUUUAUCCAGACUGUCCUUCGCAAGACCCAGCAUUAACUGCACAAGAAUUCUUCGAUGGUAAAGAAUGUAAUGGACCAUUAUUAAUGAGUAUGGAAUCAUUGUAUGAAGGCACUGAACCAUCCAUCAGAGAAUCAGGCGCUUCGAUUAGCGUCUCUUCAGUUAAAGAAGAAGCAGCGGUAGCCAAGAAGGAAGAGAAACAAGCAAAGGAAAAGGAAUUAAAAGCGAAGAAGGAAUCAACAGAAGAGGCUAGGCCGGUAGAAAAAACCAAAGAUAAGAAGGAGUUUACUCCUGAAUCAUCUCAAACUCCAAAGAAUGUUGAUGAAUUGUUGAAAUCAUCAGAUGAUGUUAAUAAUUUGAUCAAUAAGGUAAAUGAUGAAUCAGACGAUGAAGGAAAGCAAAAAGCAGAAGAGAAAGAUGAUGACUGGGAAGAAGUGAAGAAGCCAGAAUCGCCUUUGUCUAAAUCUACUAAUGAUAACAAGAAGGAAGAGGGUGAGAAGGAAGAAGCUGAGAAGGAAGAAGCCAAGAAAGAAGAGGCUAAGAAGGAAGAAGCUAAGAAGGAAGAAGCUAAGAAGGAAGAAGCUAAGAAGGAAGAAGCNAAGAAGCUAAGAAGGAAGAAGCUAAGAAGGAAGAAGCUAAGAAGGAAGAAGCCAAGAAGGAAGAAGCUAAGAAGGAAGAAGCUAAGAAGGAAGAAACCAAGAAGGAAGAAACCAAGAAGGAAGAAACCAAGAAGGAAGAAACCAAUAAGGAAGAAACCAAAAAGGAAGAAGCCAAGAAGGAAGAAACUAGAUCUAAAGAAUCUACUCCGUCUACUUCUUCAUCAAAUACUUCUAAGACUACGACGAGUGGUGGCCCUACAUUAAAAGGAACAGUUGAAAAACUUGCUAAAUUGGUAGAAAAGUUAGAAGCUCAAGUUGUUAAAUUAACCGACGCAGGUUUAGAAAAGGAUGCAAAAUUAGCUUCUUUAGAAGAAAAGAUUAACGAGUUACUCAAGAAAUAG